UGGUGCGUCAUGCGAAUGACUUUGGUGUCAAUCCUUGGUACUCCACGAGUGCAAACACACCUGCUGCUAAGCAACAGGCAUACACCCUUAUGGUCCAGGGAGUCCUUUUCUCUUUGUUUUUGUCACUUGCAUGCUUCACAUCUGCUUUGAGGUGGCUUUCCCAGUUUAUGUCCCUCACUUUCUCUCUUGAUGCAUCCCACAAUAAAUGUAUUUUUGUAUACUUUAUUGCAUUUUCUCUGACGUUUCUCUGUCUCUCUGUGUUUAAGUCUAUAAUCCUAACCUGAAAAAGAACAUUACAUUCUUAAUUCAGAUCUAAAAAUAUAUAACCACUGGUUAGAACUUAUCUCAUACUAGCAAUGAGGUUUAUUGUAAAUAAUAGAACACAGCAAUAAUAUCCACCUAUAAUUGACUUCCCACACAUUUCCCAUUGCUAUCAUGUACUUUUUUUUUUCGCACAACCUCUCUCUCUCCAUCUCUCUCUCUGCAACUGCAGCAGAUGGGAGGAAUGAAGGAGAGGAAUUCAGCACAGCAGAAAUGCAGAAUCCAGGGAGGAAUGACCGGGCGUUUCCUAUAUUUUGUAAACAGACCCUGGAGAUUGAUCCCCCAUAGUUAUGUGUGCAUAAGCUCCACUAACCACAGUUAUUGGUGAUUUCACAAUUUCAUGAUGACAGCAAAUGCUUUUAAAUCAAACUUUUCAAUCUUGUCUGUUGUUUGAUCAGGUUGAACUUUCAACAAAGCAAAGCAUUUCAGAAUUGGACACUUUCUCUGCCUUUGGUAACCUUUGACAAUUUUCAUAUAUUGCAGUAAAGAUUAGGAGGUCAGACAUUAAUUGUUAUCCCAAAUGUCAAAUAAAUGGACAGAUGCUGGUUGCCAAAGUCUGCAUGAAACUAGGAGGGAUCAGAGAGAAGAAGGUUUUUUCUUUCUAUAGGAAACGUCUCACAACUCACUCCCACAGAGAGACACAAAGAGGGAGAGAGGGCUGCUGACUGUUGAGGUUGACUGAGGAAUUUCUCUCUCCUCCGUCCAGCUGCCUCCUCAGUGGACUGAAGCGGCUGCAGAGACGUGAACGAGGCACAGCUAUGUUGGGUGUCGUCCUCCUUCUGUCCCUCUCUUCCCUGGUGGCACUGGUGCCUCCUCCCAGUGCCCCUCCUGUCCCCUGCAAGCAAUGCUGUGACCAUCUGGAGCCACCAGAGGGCAGCGGAGCUCAGCCUCCAACAGGACUGUUCAGCCAUGUGCCAGAGGUCCGCACCUACAUCAACAUGACCAUCCUCAAAGGUGAUAAAGGAGAACGUGGUGACAGAGGGACACCAGGUAAAGCUGGACAGGAAGGCCCUCCAGGCUCCAGGGGACCCAUGGGCUCAAAAGGCAGUAAGGGCGAGGCGGGUCUUUCAGGAGACCCCUGCAAAGUCCAUUACGCUGCCUUCUCUGUCGGCCGUCGCAAAUCCCUCCACAGCCUGGAGUCCUACCAGGCGCUGGUAUUUGACACAGUUUUCGUCAAUCUUGAUGGCCACUUCAACAUGUUCAAUGGGAAAUUCCUCUGCCACAUCCCAGGGAUCUACUUCUUCAAUGUCAACAUUCACACAUGGAACUUUAAGGAGACAUACCUGCAUAUCAUGCAGAACGACACACAGCAGGCCAUAGUGUAUGCCCAACCCAGCGACCGCUCCAUCAUGCAGAGUCAGAGUCUGAUGCUGGAGCUGGAGCUGAACGACGAGGUGUGGGUCCGCCUGUACAAAAGGGAAAGGGAGAACGCAAUUUACAGUGACGAUGUAGAUGUCUACAUCACUUUCAAUGGAUACCUCAUCAAAGCUAGCAUGGAGUGAAAAGAUGCCGGGGAUUGAGCUUGGUUUUAUGGAAAGCACAUAAAUUCUUUUCUUUCUUUUAUUGUUUAUUUUUACAGGGACAGUGCACAAUUAAAGGUAAUUGCACCAGAGUUAGCUAAUAGCUAAUUUACAUUUGUUGUCUCUGGGCAGGUUGACAAAAUUGAACUGAGGAUGCAAUUAACAGUAAAGUUGUUCUGUUUGUCCUUCGAUUUUUAGAUAAAAAAAGACAUCCAAAAUCAAAAUUGCAGCAGGAGAAUGAGCAUUAUGUUAGUGAGAAAAUGUGAAGUAAUAAAUUGAAAUGACCACAACUACAAAGAGGGUAUUGUAUGUUUUUACAUUAUAUUAUUUUAACAUUUUGGGAAAUACACUUAUUUCCUUUCUUGUUAGAGUUAGAUGA